CGGAAACGGAAGUGCGGACCGCUGCUGAGGGCCGAGGGCUGCGCGGGCGCGUCUCCGGUGUCCUGGCGCAUCUCUAGAUCCUUCCCAGGAGUUCCAUUAUGGGUGUGAGAGGUUUGCAUGGGUUUGUGGCAAGUAGCUGCCCACAUGUAUGUACGGUAGUAAAUUUCAAGGAGCUGGCGGAACGCCACCGAAGCCAGCACCCUGGAGGGACCCCUACCGUCGUGGUCGAUGCCAUGUGCUGCCUCAGGUACUGGUACACACCGGAGUCUUGGAUCUGCGGUGGACAGUGGAGGGAAUACUAUUCUUCUUUGCGAGAAUUUGUGAGAACUUUUACCGCUGUUGGCAUCAAGCUGAUCUUCUUCUUUGAUGGCAUGGUGGAGCAGUCCAAGAGAGACGAGUGGGUGAAACGCAGACUCAAAAACAAUAGGGAGAUAGCCAAGAUCUUCCACUACAUCAAGUCCCACAGGGAGCAGCCGGGCAGAAACAUGUUCUUCAUCCCCUCGGGGCUGGCCAUAUUUACGCGGUUUGCUUUGAAGGCCCUGGGUCAGGAAACUCUGUGCUCGUUACAGGAGGCCGACUACGAGGUGGCCUCCUAUGGUUUCCAGAACAACUGUCUUGGGAUUCUUGGAGAAGACACUGACUACUUAAUCUAUGACACCUGUCCCUACUUCUCCAUCAGUGAGCUCUCCCUGGACAGCCUGGACACCGUCAUGCUCUGCCGGGAGAAGCUCUGUCAGAGCCUCGGGCUCAGCCUGGCCGACUUGCCCCUGUUGGCCUGCCUGCUUGGCAAUGAUGUCGUCCCCGAAGGCAUGUUCGAGAGCUUUCGGUACAAGUGUUUGACGUCCUAUACCUCUGUGAAAGAGAACUGUGACAGAAGAGGUAACAUUAUCUUAGCUGUAGCAGACCACAUAUCUAAGGUUCUUCGGUUGCAUCAGGGUGAGAAAAAGCUGGAAGAGAUGCUACCUUUGGGACCAAACAAAGCUCUUUUUUAUAAAGGAGUAGCAUCAUAUCUUUUGCCAGGACAGAAAUCUCCAUGGUUUAUCCAAAAACCUAAAGAUAUAGUAACUUUGGACAAGCAGGUACUGUCCAUAAGUUCAGAUCCUGAAUCUAAGCAGGAAGUUCCCAUGCGUAUGGACCCUGAAUCCAAGCAGAAAUUACCUGUAGAUACAGACCCUGAAUUUAACCUAGGAGCACCCAUGUGUACAAACACUGAAGUUAAACAAGAAGACCCUGUAAAUGCGGGGCCUGAAGCCAAGCAUCAAGUAACUAUGGUUUCAGAUCCUGAAAUCUUAAAGGUCGCCAGAGCACAGCACGUCCAGGCGGAGAGCUACCUGGUGUACGGUGUGAUGAGCAGCGGUGAGGUGGAGUGCAGCAACAGCCUGGAGGACGCCACGGACCAGGCCCUGCCCAGCCAGGCCUUUGUCUACCGGCCCGUGCGGCAGCGCGUCUACUCCCUCCUGCUGGGGGGCGGCGCAGGUGGUUUCAGCACUGGCCCCGCUGUCAAGGAGUGGUUUGUGUACUCCGGGAACCCACUGAGGCAGCCGGACCUCGUCAGGCCUCUGCAGAUGAACAUUCCAGGGGGAACACCUAAUUUGAGACAACUGUGGCUGAGCCAAGAGCCAGGAAUCCAGGCCCAGCGCUUGGACACACUCCUGGCCUGCUUUGACCUUUCAUCCUCGCGAGAAGAACUGCAGGCAGUUGAGAGCCCCUUUCAAGCACUGUGCUGCCUCCUGGUCUACCUGUUUGUGCAGGUGGACACUCUCUGUCUGGAGGAUUUGCAUGCCUUCAUUGCGCAGGCCCUGUGCCUCCAAGGAAAGCCCACCGUGGAGCUUGCAGACUUGCAGCUUGACCACAUUGACCCCAGAGCUGUGCAGCUGGCCACCCUCCUGGUGCGUGGUCUCACCACCUUGGUGUUGGUCAACGGUGCUUGUGGCUCCCCCUGGGAGAUGGCCGACUUCAUGCCCUGGCACCUGUUCGAUGGGAAGCUGUUUCAUCAGAAGUACCUGCAGUCCGAGAAAGGGUACACCGCGGAGGUGCUCGUGGAGCAGAACAGGUGUCACGUCACCAGAUUCCACACCCUGAAGUCAGUUUUGUGCAAAGCCUGUGGGAAGGAGAGCAGACCGAUCGUCAGCAGGCGGCACUGGCGUCCACACCACACAGGACGGUGGGGCCGACCGGGAUCCAGCUCCCACGGGACAAGCUCCGGGUGCAGCCGGGCUGGCCACAGACAGCACUGGAGGGACCAGGGGCCAGGAAGUAGACAGUAUGAGCCUGACCAGUGGAGAAGAUAUUAGUCAUCAUCUGGAAGCAGUGUGCACAGAAGCAGAAGCCGCAGGGCCUGGCUGUCAAACCAGAGUGGAGCCUCUGGACCCUCUGGACCGUCCUUCAGAGCUACGCCAUCUGAGGAGAGGCUCUCUGGGGGUUCCUGACCCAGACUCACAUCAAGAGGGAAAGCGUCUGUUUCAGCCUUCUUCCUCAUUUGACUUUAAAACCCCUUUGUUGGCUUACUUGUAGAUGUCAUCCUGACUCCACAUCCCCAAACAGCCAUGGUUAACAUCUUCACGCCGGUCUGCAUCUGUUGAUUCUUUUAAUGAACUGGAAUCUUAUUAUGUCCCACUUUGGACAUUUCCCAGAUGAUCUUUAUCUUUCAAGACAUGAUGUCUAAUAAGCUAUAUCAUUUUCCAGGAAUUAUUUACUAAUUAUAAAUUAUAACCAGAAGUAAAGUUUCCAACUAUGUCUUCACAGAGAAAGAUGUACCAGCUUCCUUCUCACCCUCUUGGUGGGAGAGGUGGCUGCAUGGUCUUGACAUUGCAUGUGACGCAUGGGUCACCCUUUCAUUUAGAAUUUGCUCCAGCCCAGAGCCUGUGCCUGUGAAGACACACCUGGAUUCAGCACACGUUAGGCAUCAGACAGGAAGCCUGCAAACUGUAGAGAGAGGCAGUGGUUGAGUGUCAGGAAGCCUAAUUUAUGAUGCCGCUAACAAGUGGGACAUCUGUUGCUCUUUAUCAGUGAGCCCUGAAGGGCUCUUGUUGUUAAAAAAUAUUCUAAAUGAAUCCAAGUUCAGAGACAUUCUUUUCAUGAAAGAAUUUUCACAUAAUCUAAGAAUUGAAAUUUUAAGCCCCAGAUUGUCCUGAUCUCAGCCCCUGGGUAUUCUGAUAAUUGAAAAUAAUCUAGAUUAGGGAUUAGGUUAGCAGCUGUCUCCUUUUGGCCUGGAGCUGCUGUGACUGCCAAUCCACCUUCCAGGCUGCACCCACACCCAGGAGAGCCUCUUGAGUCGUGCUUGCUGGCACUCACAAGACAUGUCCUUCAGCUGAUGUCAUUAAAACAAAAUAAACCCUAAACGAAUUGCAGUGCAGUUUGUAUCUUUGCACUUGAUGCUUUAGCCUGACUGACAGCUCUGUGUGCAGGCUCCUUACUUUAUUUUAGAAUCCCGUUUGGUAAUAUGUACCAAAAAGAAAUAUAGUCUCCCAUUCACUUCCUACAGGUCCUUCUUCAGGACAUCCGCAUGUCUAGUCACUUUUCAUGCAGUCAUGUAGGACCUAUAGCCUUAUUUCCCAGUUUUGGAAAUAGGUUUUUUUUAUAUGUAGAUUUCCUGUCUAAAUUUUUAACAUUCUGUUUGUUUUGUUUUUGCCAAUUUGAGACCACUACUGCUUCUAGAAGUUUCAUUUCUUUGUUGCUUAUUUGCAUAACUUUAAAAUAAAUCUCUCAUUCCUUAGACUAGAAGAAUAGACUUCCAUGAAUAUCAUUUCCCCCCGUCAUAAAUAAAUUCUAACUUGUCAGUAAAAUGUUUAUGUUUAAAAAAAAAUGUUUAUGUUCAUUUGGCAAGCUUAAAUAAAGCCAUUGAGUUGAUAAAAUCUUUACUACAUUUGGAAAACCAGUGCAGUGAUUUUUUUUUUCUUAUUUUGGUGUUAUAUUAUCUCUGCAGUUAAGUCUUCUGAUGAAAUUUCCACAUAUCAGUUUUAAAAUGAAAAUAAAAGUAUUAUUAUUCAUAA